GUUCUGAUGCUGAUACUGGUCACCCCAAGUAGUCUGCUCACAGUAACCCAAGCCUCAAGUAAACUCCCCUUUCCCUCGCUACGUGCACUGAUAUGGGUUUAUAAUUUUCUGAAAGUUACCCACUGAAGCCCAUUUCUCCGUUGAGCCAUCUUGUAAUUUCCAACUUCCUCCCCGCUAAGGAAAUGAAGAUAUCUAGUGUUGGGGAUCCUGGCCCCGCAACCUCGUGUGGAACCCAGCAGUUCUGUUAUAUCCCCUGCUACCCUAGAUGAAUUAAGACAGUUAAAUACUGUGUAGCACUUUUAUUACAUAACCCACUUUUUAUUAGAUAACGCUUAAAGGAAGUCAGUACAUAAAACUGCCCGGUGCUGUGUCCCGUCCAGUUGUUUCCAUGUUGGCUUGAGAACAGAAAUCUUUAUGGGAGUUAGCAGGGAAAGGGCUCCAGUUCAUGCCAAUUUAGGGUAGUAAUACAUUUUGGUGUUACCCAGAUGCUUUCUAGAACGGGUUCUUCCCUCAUCCCUGCCAAGACUCUUCCCAGGGCCCCCAAUCGAAAGCCCCGUCCCCACUCCCACCGCGGUGUCAGCUGCUGCGUGUGGGCAAGGCCUUAAGGAACCGGACUUACGGAUCCGGGCUUUUUUGUUUGACCUUUAACCUAAUCCGUGGGGGUUUGGGGCCUGCGCGGGGCACGCGCAUGCGAUGACCGUUGGCUGGGUCGGCGUCACUGCGCUGCGGGUGAGGACAAGGACGUGGCUGCCGACCCGCCGAAGCGCGGGGUGCCGAUACGGCCGGCGGCCUGGGAGCCUCUGUGGGGCGGGAGGCAGUGGCGGGGCGGGCCAGGAAGCUGUGCGAAGUGGGGCGGGGCGUCUUUGGGGCUUCUGGCAGAUGGCGGGUUCCUCCGCGAGAGCCGAGAACCGCCUACUCCAGGAGGAAAGCCCGAGGGUUGUGGGUCCUGCUAUAGCCAGGGCCAACCUCCAGAAAAUCGUGGCCGUUCAGGGGUAGUUUGCAGCCUCAUUUGUAACAUUAUUGUGUUAUCCUGUGCAUUUCCAAUGCAUUACAUAAAGACAUGGUCGCUUUUAGGAGAAAUGUCUGAAAAACUAAGAAGAUGCAGAAAGGAGCUGACUGCAGCCAUUGACCGGGCCUUUGAAGGAGUUAGUUAUUCCCAGGAGUGCACAGGCCAGCAGAGGCUGGAACUGAGCGCCGCGCCGCUCUCCUCCGCGCUGCUCGUGCCCAGGCUCCUCUGCAGAAGACAUCCUCUGGCAGCCUGCUCUUCUGCUGCUCCUUUUGCUGCUGUCCCAUGUGCUCCUAAGAAUGAGAACCCUGCCUUUGCAACAAACCAUGCCCCGGUAAAUGCAAAACCACAUGCUCUGUGCCCCGAGAGAAAACCUCUGACCAGCAAGGAAAAUGUAUUGAUGCAUUCCUCCAUUUUGGCACCCGAAAGAGAGUCUUGGAGAACUGCAGGAGAGGGGGAAAACUGGAGAAAAGCAAAUUUAAGGAAAGAUAUGGAGAGAGAUAUGAAGGCUGACUCAAACAUGCCACUCAACAAUUCUAGCCAAGAGGUCACAAAAGAUCUGCUUGAUAUGACUGACCAUACAAGCAUCCGAACUAUUGAAGAAUUGGCUGGAAAAAUAGAAUUUGAAAACGAAUUGAACCACGUGUGUGGUCAUUGCCAAGAUUCACCCUUCAAAGAGGAAGCCUGGGCCCUGCUCGUGGACAAGAGCCCUCAGAAGGCCACAGAUGCUGACCCUGGCAGCCUCAAACAGGCUUUUGAUGAUCAUAAUAUUGUUGAGACUGUCCUGGACUUGGAAGAGGACUACAAUGUGAUGACCUCUUUUAAAUACCAAAUUGAGUAAGGACAGUUAAUCUAAGCUUUGAUUCCUUACAGCAGGAGGCUGCCCUUGAGCCUAAGCAGAAGCAACUACAAUGGCCGUCAGGGGCCACAUUUCUCAAAAGGUUGGCAGAACCUGAAUUACCAGACCCUUUUUAAAUCCCAGUUGUGUCCCUUUUUAAGCUGUGAGACCAGUUUUUUGAAUUCCAUUGCUUUGAAAUGUUUCCUAUUACUGAUUUUUUUUUUCACUUUCCUUGAUAUCUUGAAUGUGUUUUUUUGAUUGAUGUUCAAUAUACCCAGUACCCAUGGUAGGUGUGGGUUGUGGGCC